AGUCUCCCCGGGCAGAAGGCGUCUGGCCGCCGCACCCGACUCGCCUGCCCCCCUCCCCCUUCCUCCCCCACCCUGAAGACACCCCCAACCCCACCCCGUCCCCGGUCCUCUCGACCCAAACGUCCUCCCUACCGGCGAUACCAGACCGCCAUCUUCGGCCAUGGCGACGAACGCUAAGCGAAAGCAGGAGGAGACUCACUUGAAGAUGCUCCGGGAAAUGACGAGCCUGCCGGCGAAUAGGAAAUGCUUCGACUGCGACCAGCGCGGGCCGACCUAUGUCAACAUGACAGUGGGCUCCUUCGUCUGCACCACCUGCUCCGGGAUCCUGCGAGGACUGAACCCCCCCCACAGAGUGAAGUCCAUCUCUAUGACCACAUUCACACAUCAAGAAAUUGAGUUUCUACAGAAACACAGCAACGAGGUCUGUAAACACAUCUGGUUGGGCCUCUAUGACGACAGGACAUUAGUUGUUCCAGAUUUCCGAGAACCGCAGAAAGUAAAAGAGUUCCUCCAGGAAAAAUAUGAAAAGAAAAGAUGGUAUGUCCCCCCAGACCAGGCAAGAGCAGUAGCGAGUGUGCAGGUCGCCGUGUCGGGCUCCUCUGCAAGCAGCACUGGUAGUACCCCAGAAGUCCAACCCCUGAAGACCCUGCAGCUCAGCAAGACCCCACUGCGCCAGUCACCCCGGAGAGGUCGUUCCCAGACUCGUGGCGCUGCCCACGAGAAGAAGUUUGACUUGCUCUCGGACCUGGGAGGAGACAUCUUUGCUGCUCCAUCCACUCAAACCUCCAGCGCCGCCAACUUUGCCAACUUUGCACAUUUUCCAAGCCAGUCGGCUGCAUCACCUCAAGGUAAUACAGAUACCAACUUUGCCAACUUCGAAGCAUUUGGAAACACUACAAUUCCAUCCCAUCUGAGCACGUCCCCCCCCUCAAAGUCCUUUUCACCAGGGGGAGGUGUGCCGAUCCCAUCAAUGUCUAGUGCCGUCCCUGCCCAGUCCAACCAUAGAGCGGAUCGCUACGCUGCUCUGGCUGAGUUGGACAACGAGCUCAGCUCUUCUGUUACCGCAGCCAGCAAUGUGCCAGGGAACUUAUUUGGACCGGUGCUUGGUUCAUCGCCCGCCCAGAAUCCACCCGUGUUACCCAGCAUGCAGCCUGGCUUUGGAGGUGGUUAUGGUGAUUACUACAACAUUGCCGGCCCAUCCACAAAUCCCUUUGUGGCUACAGCUGUUGCCCCGGAGAUGGCCACCAACCCUUUCCAGGUCAAUGGCAGCCCUGCAGCUGGAGCCUCGUUUGGCACUGGCUCCAUGAGCAUGCCUGCCGGCUUUGGGAAUGCAUCUUCCUACUGCCUGCCGACCAGUUUCAGCGGAAACUUCCAGCAGCAAUUCCCUGGCCAGGCUCCCAUCCCAUACUCUCAACCUGGGGGGGGCUACCACCCUCAGUCCAAUGGCCCUGCAUUCCCAGUCUACGGUCAGAACAAGCCGUCCAUGACGCCCUUUGGGCAGGCCAUGGCCGGCAAUGGCAUGUCCAAUAACCCAUUCAUGGCUGGAGCCCCAGCUGGGUCGUUCCCUGCAGGGGGUUCGACCAACCCGUUCCUGUAGCACAACUACCAGUCUUUGCCACCAGAGGGCAGCAUGCAGCACAUAUUCAAGUAUACCGUCUGUCCUGCAGUUAGUGGCAAUGGCAUUUUUCGUUUUUUUAAGAGAACAUUUUUUUUAUUAAAAAAAAGUUUACAUAAUUAUGAAGGAUUACAAAGGACUAUAUUCAAGACCAAGGGACUGUUAUUGGGGAAAAUGUACUGUUUUGGACUAUAUACAAUAUUUUAGGUUUUUGUUUUGUUUUGUUUAUGACUAAGCUUUGUGCAUAUCCUUAUUUGUUAUCACAAUUAAGUACAUGUUUUGUAUAACAAAGACCUAGUGAACACAGGGUGAGUACACACACACCCUGCAGAGCACCUCCCUCACUACAAACUGUCUACGUAGGUAAGGGCAAAGACUUGAAGAUUAUCCUCUGGUGUAAUCCAAUCCAUGAUCUCUGGUUUGAAGCAACCAUGAUGGUGCAGGUAUUUCAUUUUCAAAAGGGAUCUAGUUUUUGUUAUUUCUGCACAAUUGUGCUUUUACUGCCAAUAAGGUUCAGCAAUGUUGUUUAUUAACUUACAAGUUUCCUGUAACCCAAACUGUGUACGGCUAAAUUAGUGUAACAUCCCAAGCAGGUGAGUGGGAUACAGCCUUGAUCCUGGACGCCUGCAUCCCUUUAUUAUUAUCAUUGCCAAUAUCUCUGAAAUUGUGUAAAAAAACAACAAAAAAAACAAAACAGUCAGGGCUUUUUAAAAUGCAUAACUAGGUGCAGGUCCUUCAAUAUUUAUCCAGAAUCAAUUUCAUAUUGUUUAACCCACCAACUGAAGGGACAGGCAUGUCUACCAGAGCACAAAUGGGGGAAAGAGACAAGAAACGCAGGCUUUAUUAUUUCUAUGUCUUGUUACCCUUCCUAAUAUACAAAUGCUGGUAAACUGUUAAAUAUACUUUUAAGUGACCUCACUUCUGCUUUCAGAUAUACACUACAUUUUUGGAAUAUAGUAAAGCUGAAAGGAAAGGCCCAUGAAAGCCUGAGGCUUGUGUGUGUCACCCAGAUUGGGUAAUGGACAUGGAUGACAUAGCAAGAAAUAACUGCACAACAUGCAACAAAAUACAUAGAUGUGUGCAGAGAACUUUAUUAACUACUAUAAAAGUGUCUCUUCAAACAAAGAUAUUUAUGAAAUGUUUGUACCGUUAUAUUUACUGCACUCUGUCGACACCUGUCUAAUUUGCUUUCUUAUAAAAAAGCAAACCGAGUGAAGAACAGAAUAAGGAGGAAAUAAAAAUCUCCUUUCGGUAUGCUUUAAAUUAAGGCAAGGUAAAAAGAACACUUUAAUAUGGGGAUUAUUACAUGACAGGAUCAGCCUGGGACUAAACCAGUGUCUCAUUUGUGCCACCAGUGACUAACAAUGAAUUUGACAAUGUGUUUCUUGUCUUUGCAAGAAUAGGUAAGUAAAUGUGUACAUAUAUAAAUAUAUGUAUAAAUAAAUUAAAAGAUUUUUAACUACAA